AUGCCCGUCACGAUCCGCACCGCAGACCACAGCACCCGACAAUGGCACAGAGAGCGCGUAACGAGCGACGACAUGCUCUUUGAGCAGUCCUGCUACGAAGAACACAACAGCAGUCAGCGCAUCAUCCGCAGUAGCUUCUCCCACCCUUUAGAGAGCAACCACGUCACCGGUGCAAGCAACGGCUUCGUCGAUGCCCUCUUCUACGCUUACUGCCACCACCACGACUUCACCGUCCGUCCCGAGGACAUCUGGUUCGCGAUCCUCAGCCAAGUCUCCUUCUACAUCAACGCGAACGCCGAGAAGCUCCGCGCACACUUCGUCACCCACGAGGGCCGCAAAGAACUCAGGGUGUACGCUAAUGGGACCCUGGAGACGGUCGACUUCGGCGCGAUUGCGCUCGCCCUGUCGACUGCGAUCCAGGAUAACGUGGUGGACCCGGACCUGCGCGCCUGGGUCAUGCCCGAGUUCAGCACCACCACCGAGAACGACCGGGUCGUGGCAGCGAUCCUGCUGAUGGGGAGCAUGCAGGAGUACUUCAGCUUCUCGGCCUUCCUGCUCUGCGGCAUCCCCAGCGUGACCAUGCUCGGCGAGCGGCGGGACUGGGAGAUGCUGGUGGAGAAGCUGGACCGGCUGCCCGCGUUGGGGGAUGAGCCGGCGCGGUUCGCGGCGCUGCUCCGUCCGGUGCUGACCCGGUUCGUGGCCUGCUUUGACGAUCCCACGGGCCCCGCGGCGCGGGAGUUCUGGGGUCGGUGCGUGCACCGGUUCAUUCCGGGGAGUGGUGAGGACUUUCUGUCGGGUUGGAUCACGGCGUUUUGCUUCUGGAAUGCGCAGGGCCAGUUGAUCCCUGACAUGGGCUUGCAUGAGGGGACGAUCAAGUGUGAGCUGGACGGCGUACGGUAUCCUUACAUCAACACGUCGGAUACGCCCCCGGGUUACUCCUCGGUGCCUUUGCAUGUCAAUGAUAAUGGGGUGGAGUAUGAGACGAUGAUGGUGGCGGGGAUGAUCGGGAUUGAUGCCAAAUCGAGUGGUCGGCCGCUGGAGGAGCCCUUUGGUGACGAGACUACGGGCUUGGACUCUCUACAACCCGUUGCGGGCUGGGUGAUGUACCACAAGAAAGAUGAGUCUGAGGUAGGGAAGGAUUCUCAAGACAAAUCUUGCGAUGUUCAGCCUAGCUAG